AUGGACUACUCUUCCCUCCCAUUCGCUGACGGCGACUUGCCAACACAAAUUACCGAGCCAAUAUGCUUCCAGCUCAAAAAGGAUGGCCGUUCCGUUACGCUUCUUCCCGUACAUGACCCCAAAGUGGUUCCAAAUGGUCUCAUCGAGACUCUUCGCGAUGAGUUCAAUUACAUUAUAGAAGAAGGAUUAACGUACCCAUACCACCAAAAAAUGGACCACGACAAGUUUGUGAGCUACUGGUUUCAAAGUUUCGCUGCAAUUCUUCUAGAGGGAACUUAUAGUAGUUGGAAAGAUGUUCCCAACGGAAAUUGGAGUGAACUCUUUUUGGGCACCUUUUAUGUGAAACCCAAUUAUUUGGGUAGAUGCUCUCAUGUAUGUAAUGCUGGUUUUGUAGUGGCCCAUGCUAAGCGAGGACUUGGAUUAGGAAGGGAAUUGGGAGCCAAGUAUCUUGUUUGGGGACCUCAAUUGGGUUAUGCGUACUCAGUAUUCAAUCUUGUUUUCGAGACCAAUGUUGCAAGUAUGCGAAUUUGGGACUCGCUUGGAUUUGAGAAGAUUGGGUAUGUGAAGAAUGUAGCAGCACUCAAGGGAGUUAAGGGAUUGGUGGGAGCGUACAUGUAUGGAAAGAGUUUCCAGGGUGAAGACGAAGAGACAAAAUAG